AUGGAAGCUGGAAUGGAGAAGAGACACGGACACCAGCGAGACGUCUGUGUGGUUUUGUUUUGCAGCUUUAUCACCUCUCUGGGAGUCAGUUACAUGAUGCUGUGUUCUGAGACGUACCCCAACGUCCUGGCCUUCUGCUUCCUGGACGAGCUGCAAAAAGAGUUCAUUACAACCUACGAGAUGGUUCACAUCAACACCGCCAUCCGCCCGUACUCCUUCAUCGAAUUCGAUAAUUUCAUACAGAAGACGAAGCAGCGAUUCAAUAGCCCGCGGUCACUCGCCACCAAGAUGAAUCUCGCCGACAUGCAGACAGAGAUCCGCCUGAGGCCGCCCUACCAGGUAUCAUUGCACGAGCUCGGCCUGGAGAACGGCGUCCACCAUCGAAAAGAUACGGAGUAUAAAGGGAUUGCUCCUCACCUGCGCCUGGAGCCGUUCACCCUGACAGGGAUCAUCACCUGCCUGCUCAGCCUGCUGUGUGCCGGCCUCAACCUCAUCCGCGGCUUCCAUGCAAUGGAGAGUCUGUUUCAGAAUGAUGAUGACGCCAGCUGUGUUAUCGCCUUCUUCCUGGGAACUGCCGCCUGCCUCUACCAGUGUUACCUAUUCGUAUACAUCACAAGUUGGCGCAACAUGAAAUCCUUUUUGGCGUUCGGACUGAUCUGCCUUUGUAACAUGUAUCUGCACGAACUGCGCAAUCUCUGGCAGCUUUUCUUCCACGUCACCGUCGCGGCUUUCGCCACCCUCCAGAUCCGACUACGACAGCCGCAGAGCAAGUCCCCCGACUACAACGUCUGACGCCCCCUCCCCCCACCACACACUGACGCCCGGCUUCCUUCCAUUUUGCCUGU